AUGGAGUACUUGUGUCCUUGCUGGCCAGUCAGCAAAUGCUGUGAUAAAAAGGAUAAAUUACGUGAUAAUUCUAAAACAAAACUAUUUAUAGUUGAUACAGAACAAACUAUUGUACCUACAGAUUCCUCAGUGGAUAGAUUAAAUGAAAGACGAGGAUCAGCUCCACUAGUGUCUUCUGGUUUUUCUGGAGAAGAAACCAUGGAUACCACUCCUUCUUCCACAUCUUCUCGUUUAGCGAGUUUCUUCUCUAAGAAAGGACUACGUUCAAAUUUAAAACGAACCAAAAGUGUGACCAAACUUGAUAGAAAAAGAUCAGCUUCACAAGUUAAUGAGAACGACACAUUAAUAUUUGUUAUAAUGAUGUUUGUUGUCAAAACUGUGGAAUUAUUGUUACAAGAUCAUAUUUCCCUGGCAGAUUUAUUGAUCUUCUGA